UGCCCACCCACUGUGCUGCUGCACCCGCCGGCGCCACCCUCGCCGUCGCCUCUCACUGGCGGCCCUUUUUUCUUUCUUCUCCUUCUGCCCUCACUCACUCCACAACUUCCAUCACCCUUUCUCCUCCUCCUCCUCCUCCGUCCUCUUUGCAUCCCCCCGUCCGUUCGUCCUUCACCGCCCUCCCCUCGCUCUCUUCCUCGCAUCCUCCGCCCCUCGACGCCUGGUUCGCUCUUCCUUCUGUCAACCUCGUCCGCGAGUUGUUCGUCCUCGUUUGCGCGUGCAUCGCUUCGUCCGCCCCGCCCGCAGCGGUCACAACAGCACCAACCAGCAACACUCCAAGGUACCCCAGCAGACCGGAUUUCGCAACGCCAGGCGGGGGGACAUCGCGUCGAGCAGGAAGCUCCGAGACGUUCGGUUCGGCUCAGCAUCAUCCAGUCACCUCGACUUCUGUCGACCUGUACUCUAUUCUCUCUUCACCAGAUCGGCCGCUCCUUGUCUUCGACAGAAAUCAACCCAAGCGUUCCUCGUCAGCCUGUUUGUAUUUUGACCGUCUCCAUCGUCGACCGAAUCCACAAUCACGAGCCGUCUUCGCCCGAGGAGCCUACACUCAGAAGGGGGCCCAACCUCGAUCACUGAUUGAUAGAAUCGAAUCAUCACUUCCCUGGGGUGACAAAGAAGCGCAACCCGUGGAACGGAAAGAACGCGCUGUUUGGAACGGUACUUUCUUGAUCUUCAUCCUCGGUUGCACGGCCGUCUCCUUCCAGAAGACGUCGCCGCUGCCGUUACGACCCGUGCACUAGAGCUGAUCGAGAGUAGCGACUGCCGCCUCGUGCUCGCCGCAACCCUGAAAUCAUCACCCUGUUGAGAAGGCUCGAGCCAGCAUCUCGCCCUCGGCAGGCAACUUGUUCCCGGCAUUAUCACACUGCGACGGUCUUGCGCGUCCCUACGUCCCAAAUCACUUCGUCAGUUGACUCUGCUGCCACCUUCCGACCGCGAGCAAGUCGCCGUUUCGUUCUCAUCAACGCUCGACGCUCUUUCCGCCGGCCAUUGCGCUGCCGCCCACCUGCAUCACUUCCUUCACAGACGUCUGCAUUGUCGUGACGCCUGCCAGGACAUAUUCUUCAUCUAAUCUUGUCUUUACAUUUACUCUUGAAGCCCCCCACGGAUAUUUCUCUCCUCCUGUCCACAGUUACUUCGGUUUUCUUGGAUUCCAUCCCUCUUCUUUCUGGUUGUUCCGACAACGAUUUCUCGCCCGUCGGCUCGUCGUUUCCAGCUCUUCCAGUAAGCUUGAAAAGCAUCGCCAUAUCGACUCAGUUCGGAAUCAACCGGCGCAUUUUUAGGUCGCCUGUCUCGACGACUGUUAUCCGUUCUUAAUCUUGUCUUUGCCUCGGGGGCCUUGACUCACAUUCAUUCUUAAUACUUCUUCUCAAGCAUCGCCCUUGGCCCAUCCUCAACUUAAAGCGACAUCAUCUUGUGUCAGUCUCCCUGAGCAAUGGACGCUGGCAGUCUCGCUCAGAUGUCUGUCAACAAUUUCGCUUCUCACAACGGCCUGCCCAUGCCGUCGGGCGGUCUGGCUUCUCGCCGAGGCGGUCAGAACAUCAAACCUUUGUCGUUUGACGCCAUCAAGCAGGGCAACGCCAAUGUCAAGGACGGCGGCGCUCCGACUCCUCGCACGAGCAGAUCCCAUCUACUUGCGGGCCUUAGGACCGCCCCGAAGUCUGCCACCGCCGCUUCCUUUGGCUCGGGCGCCCCCAACAAUGGUCUCUCCGCGCAGCAGCACGCCAGGAACAGCAUGGCUGCCAAUCUCUCUGGUUACGGCAACGGCCAGGACGCCCUGUACAAUGCGCCCAAGACGGCGUUUCCCCAGUACGGCGUUCAGCAGAAUGGCACCCAGAACAUGAUGGGCCAGCAGCUGCAGCACCAGCAGCUCCACCAGUUGCAGCAGCAGUACACGGUUGAACAAGUCCUUACGCCCCCUUCGGUCAACAUUGAUGAGGAGGAUCCGACACUGUACGCUCAGCUGGUCGCCACCAACUACUACCUGGCACAGCAGCAGCGGCAGCUCCAGGCUCAGCUUAGAAGCGUCCAGGCUGCUGCCCAGCAGUUCCAGCAGCUGAACCUCAGCAACCCACAGCUCACGCAGCAGCAGAUGGCUAUUUACGAGCAGCAGCAGCAGCUGAGGAAUAUGCAGCAGCAGCUCAGCGUGCAGGCGGCUAUGAGCCAGGGCCAGCAAGUGUACUACAACGCCGCCACAGGCCAGUAUUACGUCGAUACCUCAGCUGUUUCGCAGGUCGCCUCGCCCUACGCUGAGCAGCCUAUGUCGCCCGCGUUCAAUACAUUUCAGCAGCAGCAGCAGCAGCAACAAUUGUAUCAUCAGCAGUUGACCACUCCGCGCGUUCAGGUCUCCCCUCCUCCUGAGAACCAGCAGUCGUUCCGUACUAGCUCGCCCCCAAAGCGCUUCGACUCGCCCUCCGAGGUCGCCCCGCUACCCCCGCCUUCGGCCAACGCGUUCCGUCGCGGCCACAAAAAAGCGUCUUCUCUCGCUCCCGUCAACAGCGCCCUCGCUGCCGCCGGUGGUGUUGCGGAUGCACCCAAGUCUGCUGGCCCCAAGACGGCUUCUUUCCCGCUGACUCCGAUGACUGGGGGAUACGGUCCUGGCCAGGGCCGCGCCGGCGAGCAUCCCAUCCGACAGCCCCGAGGCCCACCAUCGCUCGAUGAGCUUAAGGCCAAGCCUACCGCCAAGCAUGAGGGCAGCAAGAACUUCGCCACUCGCACCAGGCGCUCUGCCGUGCACAACCUCGUCCGCGCAGGCCUGGAGCGUCGCAAAGGCACUGGCAGCUCCGUCGGUAGCAUGAGCCCCGUUUCGGAGACGGCCGAGGAAUCCAUCACCCCCAUCACCGACAACGAGUCUGACUCCGGGCGUAGCGGCUCGGGCAGCCUUGCCGGCGAGUUGGAGUGCGCCAGUUCCCGCACUUCUGCCAGCGGCAGCUGGGGAGCCAUCGGCUCAGAUAGGCCGAGCUCGCGUCAGAAGGCCCGCGGCAGCGUCGACAGCAUCAGCAGCAACGGCGGUGCGCCGACCGGCGAGUCUGACAAUGGAUCGUUUGCCGACGUGUUCAAGAACGGCGCUCUGCGCGCGUCCAAGGCUCAGGAGGCCGCUGACAGCCAGCGCAAGCCUUCACGCCUCGUUCUGACUAGCGUUGAGCGACGGAAGGCCGGCCCAACGGCUUAAACACAGCGGGAGGCAGUCUCUAUUUUCCCUCUUCUUCACGCUUAUCAAAAUUUUCACGACUUUACGCACCCGGACUCUGUGACAUGAUUGCUCGGACAGGCGGAUUUGCAUUUCUCGACACGGUCUUGAUGUCUGGCUCCUGGCCCCGUUUGCGGUAUCUUGGGCAAGCCUAGCCUCAUGGCAGGCAGCUUGGGCAAAGGUUGUCUGAUCAACGUCACACACAACUGCCAGGACCAAUAAUUCUCUUCUCAGUCUCUCCUUGACAACAACAACUUUAAUUUGGCCACGACGUGCUAGGGGCAUAUCCCUGCAGCAUAUUCAUCACGCUUAGAAGGUGAAGUCGGUUGCUCUGGUGGUGGACGGCGAAUUGGGAAUGUGGUGGCCUACGAUUAUACCAUACCACUUUGCAUGGGGCAAAACAGAAAAAAACAUCUUAAUUGCUUUGGUCAGUUUUGGGUGCUGGUCUGUCGUCUCCUCGACGGGGACCCGGAUACGCAGGCUUGCGUGGAGGAAUGCCAGUUCCUUACUCCCCACGUCAGAAGGCGGACCUGCCUGCUGUGUUUUCUUUUCCUUGUGCGUACCCUUGCUCGGGAGCAUUGGCUGCUCCCGCCUCGCGUCUGCUGUUCGAUGUCGAAGCGCGACGCGGUGGUGUCGUGGCGCAGCCUGGACUGCCGACGACGGGUAGGAGAGCCUAGGGCCAUACACAGACGGGGUGGAUUCAUGACUGGAUGAGAGGCCUCGUGGCCUGCUCGAUCGAACGGGGGGUCGGUAGGAAUAGAUAGCUAAGGGCAUGGCACAAUACAAAUUGUUUGCCGUA